GCCGAAAUAACAAAAGUAAUCUACGUGGUAUAUAUAUGAGCGGUAAAUUCUUUUUUUAACAUAGCUUGGAGGGUUGUUUAUCUUUGCAUCAUCUGACUCAUCAGGAAAAGUUUACAGAAAUGGAAAGAUUACAGAGAAAAACUUCAAACAUGCUAUAUCUAGUGAUAAUCAUUCUGACCGUAAGCACUUUACAUGAAAGUUAUGCUUCCUGGUGUACUGAUCAGCAACCAGUGACUUGUCUGUGCUUCCCCCAGUUUAAUAAAAUCCAGUGUACUAACCAGCCCGGAUUAACACAAAUACCAACAAAUAUCCCAACAGAUACUAAGUUAAUAGUAUUUUCAGGAAAUGGUAUAACUUCAAUAGACACAACUUCAUUUUCUGGAUUGACAUUUCUUGUAGAUAUAAAUUUAAGUAACAACGACAUUUCUAGUAUAGAAUCCGGAGCGUUUGCAGAUCUACCUUCAUUAGAAAAUGUGUAA